UGUGUGGGCCGCAGGAGGUGGAUGUGUAUGUGUCGUGAAGUCAGGGCACAUGAUCCACGCUAGUGUCACGCAGACUACUAGGGGCCCUCUUUCAUAGAACUUAAACUAUUAACGCUGCAGCUUACAGUGCUAAUAUUAAUCUUGUGAAAGCGUCCGUGUCACUGAAACAAUCUUGACCAAAUGAAUAUAGCCGUGGAAUCAAAGGUAAACCGUCCCAGAACUCGAAAUUCCAUCCCACCCAGUCAUGGCGGGGGGUGAGGAGCAGUGAGGGAGAUAUCCUUCCUGAGACACUCUGAAGACUAUUGUUUAUUGUAGUGGUUGGUGAGGGGAAGGUGUGCCCGUGUGAGGGGCCCCUCCAACAAUGUGGUGGUGGAGUGCUGGAGGAGCUGUGUGUUGGGCAGCGCAGUUGCUGCUGCUGCUGCUGCUUCUGCAAGUUACCCUCGUCUGGGUCGAUAACACGGCAGGUGCAGUGAUCGUGCCUGGGUCACUGAAGGUGGCAGUAACGCAGGUGACGGGUGACGGCGCUGUGCUCACCUGGGCCACAUCUUCGGGUCAUCGGAAAGUCAUGACCUCGUGCUUGCUGCACUACGGCCCUCUGACUGAGGCCAUGCAUGUUCAGACCGCGGUGCAACCGGCCGAGCACCGCAUCGCCCUCGCGCACCUUGCUCCCCACACCACCUACUACGCCUUCCUCAGUUGUUCCCACGCAACCACUACUUACACUUCUAACACCGUCCACUUUACACCACAUGGAGACCCAGCGGUGGCGCUGGAGGUGCGACCCCCACCACCCCCACCUCCGCCCAAGCCUGUGAGGAAGCCCCCCUUCUGGUCGUCGGGAGGAGGGCGGAAGGAGGGAGGCGGUGGACAGUCAGCUGAGGACGGAGGGAUAGUGGUGAUGAUGAGUCAGCGUCAUAUGGAUGCUCCAAGACGCGACCCUCACAGUGCUGUCCCUUCCACUAGCGUCAUACUGGGUGAGCUAACCUGCUGUCGCCACACCCAGUUGUGUAGAUGCGCUGUUGUAUAUGGGUUACAUGGUGCGAGCACUCUGGAAAAUAGCUGCCCUAUUGUACUGGAACAACAUGGCGGCUACCUCUACAACUUUGAAGAACUCAUGGCAGACUACAACCAACAGAUCAAUGCGGGUAACUCUUAAAUGAGUCUCUGAUAAACGUUACAAUCUCCUGGAAAAAAAAACAGAGAAACUCUACAUAUUUUGCAAGGCUCUUACAGGUUCCGUGAAUUUUUACAAGGCUCCAGGAGUCUGUGAUAAGGCUCCACCGAAGCUAUGUGAUAUUUUGCGAGAAAGCUGUACACGGCCCUUAAAAUAUUUUAAGAUACUGUGAAACAUUGUGAGCUUAGAGCAGCUCUAAUAAGGCUCUGUAAGACGUGAUAUUACUAGCUUUUAAGCAAGCUCUGUGACACUCAUUGAAGUCUUUUACUACAAAUGUUUGUGUACUCGCCUUCACACAGUUGUGCAAGGAUAUACAAACUUUAUAUUGUGACAUUUGUGGUGAAGUCUAUAUAUGGAUUUAUAAGACUGAUAUUAUUAGUGAUUUUUCGUGUGUGGCUACAUAAUUCUGACUGCUUUUUCUGAGACUUUUUGAACAUAUGCAGUUUUAAAAGAUAAUGCAGGGAAGUUUUAAACUUUCAGAGUCCCUAACAAGGUUUGUUAAAGUUCGUUUAUUUUAUAUACUAUCAAGUCUGUAUAAGCCUUUUAUAACUAACUCUAAGUAUAUCUAAGACACACUGGUCUAAGAGCCAUAGAGAGAAGCAGUGUUUUGUGUCGAGUCAAUUUUCAAACUCAGAUGAAGAACAGAAAUCGUGGUUUGAUUGUUUGGACUUGAGUGAGGAACAAAAUUCUCAUGCGUUUUUUUUGGACUUGAGUGAGGAACAUCGGGUGGAUGAACAUUUUUUUUGUCUAGUCUAUUGGCAAAUAAUGACUUGAUACGUGUUUUUGGGGCUGGUGACAAGCAUCAGUCGAAUGUGGAUAAGUUAGUCUCAGGUGUCAAACACCAGUCGGAUGUGGCGUUCUCAGGUUGAGAUUACGAGUUCUAUUCUGUAUAGGCAAUGUUGUGUCAACUCAGGGGUAUUAAAUAUUUUCUGGGAACGUCUCAUCAGAACGCCUUGAGGAAACGUUUGCUGGGAAUGGCUUCCUGGGAUGUGUACUGAGAAUGCCCGUCAUUGUAGUUUUAGUGAGAAUAAUUACUGAAAAAUCAUCUGAAAGUAACUUCUAUGAGCGGCUUGUGAAAGCAUGUGCAGGAAACCUUCCGGGAACCGCAUCGGGAAACUCGUUAUAAAAACGUCUGGUGCGAAUUUUGAGAACAUCUUGCGUGAAGCAUGAGAACGUCUAGCGUGAAGCAUGAGAACGUCUAGUGUGAAGCAUGAGAACGUCUAGCGUGAAGCAUGAGAACGUCUAGCGUGCAGCAUGAGAAUGGCUCACGCUAAUUACGGGUAGGUGUUACAAGUGUUGACGUCGUGAAGGUGUCAGCGUGGAGAGCCUGUUGGCAGCGUGGAGAUCCUGGUGGCAGCGUGGAGAGCCUGGUGGCAGCGUGGAGAGCCUGUUGGCAGCGUGGAGAGCCUGUUGGCAGCGUGGAGAGCCUGGUGGCAGCGUGGAGAGCCUGGUGGCAGCGUGGAGAGCCUGGUGGCAGC